UGCUCAAGGAAAGGGGAAUCACCUCAGCAGUGAAGUUUAGGGAGACUCAGUAAAACCAGAAUCACACUGAACUGCUCUGUCAGGGCCAUGGCAGCGGGUACAUUAGAAGGGGACGCACACAUGGAGGAGCUGGUGGAUCACGGUCUAGGGAUGGAGGAGACAGCCCACGGCCUGCUGAGGAGACCCUCGCUGAAGGAGAGCUACAACAGUGACUGCCUGUUGGCACCAGACACUGACUUCAUGACAGACGAUCGCAGCUCAGCAGCCAGCGGCCUGGAUGUGGCCGACCGUCUCACCUACUUGGAGCAGAGGAUGCAGAUGCAGGAAGAUGAAAUCCAGUUGUUGAAGAUGGCGCUGGCUGAUGUACUCAAGAGACUUAACAUCUCUGAGGAGCACCAGGCAGCUGCAGCUACUGCUGCAGGCAGGAGGGCACCGGGUGCAAAAGCCAGACCUGUGUCUCUAGCGUUGCCCUCGAGACCACCCAUGCUCACCUCUAGCAAUGUUUUUCUGAAAAAGAGCUCUACACUGCCCUCUAGCACCACAGCCAGGAACUACAGCCCAACUCCAUCCCGAAGUGGUGUGAGAAGCCCACCAGGAAGUGUGAAGGACAUUCCGUGUAAGACCAGUAAAACGCGGCCCACUUCUGCAGCCUCAACCUGUAAGAAAAUUCCAGAAAGCAAGCCCAAAGAGGCCGCAGUAAGCGCUGGGGCACGACGUGUGACACACUGCAAAGUGACUAUGCAGAUCUAUCUGAGCCCCCUCGCAAGAAAGACUGGGUCUUCUGAGGCUGCCAAGUCUGCAUCUGUGGUGCCUGCUGACAGCGGGCCUGUGGCUGCGCCCGGACACCCUCAAGUGAAGAGGGGCAGUAAACCAGAAAUGAAGAAAUCAACCCCAUCCUUCACCUUAAACCUCCAGAAAACAACAACCAGCCAGAAUGUGCCGCAGGACACAUCCAGCUACAAAAGCCCCAUGAAAUCGCCCAGCCAUUACUUUCAGAUUUGUUACUGAGGGAGAAAGUCAGUCCUUCUUAUUUAAAUUAAGCAUUUAUUUUCAGCACCCACAUUACUGAAAGCCUCACUGAAUCAUUUAAAAACUGAAAGUAUCCUCUAUUUCUUCCCUCUUCUCUUUUGCAACAUUUACUUUAACAUGUUUGACUAAUUCAUUCAAAUAUUGUGUUUUAUGUUAAUUCAUUUUGGGAAUAGUAAAGCUUUAAUGAACUGUUAGUUUUUCAUAUGGCGGCAGAUUAGUUGUAGCUCAAUUUCUCACACACUGAAGCUUGCAUAUAGUUUCCCUGAAUGCCUGUGUUCUCUGUUAAUGCUCUGCAUGAGAAGCUGACAGUCUGCCUGUCUGUCAGCAUCCAGUGUGUGAUGUAAGGGAGAAACUGUUUGAUGUGAAUGAAUCUGCUUCCACAUCUGUUUGCUGUGAUGUUGUGUUUUUGAUGUUCCCUCUUAGAUUCCACCUCACCAAAAGAAAAGAAAAAAAAAAUCAGGGAAAACAAUAAAAAAAAAAAA